AUGUUAGACGAACUCGACAACAACUUCGACGACCAUCCGUCUCUGGAUGCGUCGCUCGAGGAUUUUGAAAGCAGCAGUAACACACAGCGUUCACCCCUCUUCAGUCUCUCGUCGCAGCAUUCGGGAUUCCGCGAGGAGGAAUCAGACCCAGAUGAUGAAGACCCCAAUCCCAACACUGAGCGCUGGUCACCACCCGGCUUUCGCAGACACGAUUACAAUCCAGGAAGUGGUUGGUAUCGCCACGAAGCGUAUUCUCGCAGUCCGGAGAAGGAGCGCCCCGUCCUCAAGCCGACAGUUGGUGUGAGCCCGGCGCAAUCGCGUGAAGGUAGCCCACAGUACGAGGAUGCGGUCGAGGCCCCUGUGACAAAGGAUCGCAAGCAGUCGUCCGCUAUGACCGAGACCACAGCAUGCGCGCCGACGGCCAUGUCGCUACAGGUCCCCGAAAGGACCCAGACACGUUCGCCAAGCAGAGCUCCGGCUGGCGGGCAAGCUGGUCAGGACAUCGAGGUGGACUUCGCACCCGAGCAGGACCUUAGUAGUUGUAGGUACCACUUCGGAGCACAACUUUAUCCAGCGAGCUGGUAUGGAAUACUGACCUAUAUCCGGUUCCAAGUACGCGCCGAAGUUCAGCAACGUGAACCAUUGGCGGCCAUAUCCGGGUACCUGCGUGAGAAGUUUGAUAAGAUCACCAGCACUCGGACCAAUACCCUCGUAUCCAUAGUUGUCGCCCUUUUGUCCAUAGGAUUGAUGCGCACCUUGUUUCUCCCGAACUAUCCUCAGCCAAUCCCUGACUUGGUCAAGCUAUCCGGGUUUGCGCGCUCCUUUGAACCCCUGAUUUACUAUUCGGAACAUGGCGCGCAGCAGAUCGAAGCCCUGCAGGAAACCGGCGUGGCGGUCUGGGACCUGAGCGAAUCAGUUCGUGGCACCAACAUGACUAGCGCGCCUAUCAUCGUGCGCCAGCUAGAUGAAUUGUCCGAGUCCCUUAAGUCACUGUCAUUGGAGCUGACUCGCUUCUUCGCCAACGUUGAUGCCGACUUCGACUCGAUCCUGAUUGUCAUGGAUUGGGCCAAGCGCGAACUGGAAGCGAUCAAUGCGCAACCGCCUAGCUCGUUGCCGACGCUCAUGUUCGAUAAUCUGCAUGAGAUUCUUGCGCGGCUGGGUACCAUGGAACGGCCGAUUGACCCCCAUGAUGCUCCUCCGGGUAGUGAGCUGGCGACUACACCCACCACAUUCGGGCAAGUCGUGACAGCGGUCCUUGGACAAACCUCGGCGCAACGCACGCGCGCGACGCUCACUCGGACUUUUACGGAAUUCUUGGGUGUGCUUGAAGAAUGUAUCAACACUGAGCUGCACCAUUCCACCGCGCUCUUUGGGCUCUUUGAGUCUAUCGAUCGCCAGUUCCUGAAUCUGCAACGGACCGUCGUUCGCGAGUCGGAUGCGCAAGAACGAGAGGAGGGCGAGAUGCUGAGUUCCCUGUGGACCCGUGUUCUCGGACCGGAUGCCUCCAUUGUUCGCAAGUACGAGAAGAACAAACGGCUUCUUGCCAGCGUCCGUAGUCGGACUGUCACUAACAAGCACCUCCUGAUGGACCACCGCGGGCGCCUCCUCACGCUCAAGGUGAAUUUGGAAACCCUACGUCGGAAGCUGGUUAGUCCGUUGGUGCGGCGCAACGAUUCGGUCCGGUUCGCGGGUGGUGUUGAGGCUAGCAAUAGUCACAGUCAUGGACGCAUGCUCGGGCCGAUCGGCGCCGUGAUCGAGGGUCAAAUCCGGGGAAUCGACGGCAGCUACGAAUACCUUCGGGGCGUGCGCGACAAACAGAAAGCACGAUUCAUGGAGUUCGUCUUCGGCGCUGGGCGACGAAUCCCGACAAACGCGAUGCUAGCGGAUGGAUCCGAGGGCGAUGAGGUGGAAGCGCAGGCCAUUGACGAGGGUGGUGAUUAA